GAUGCAACCGACGUGUUCGACAACUAUCACGCUGCGCGCGUGUACAAACACAUCUUACCGCAGUUCCUUGUUGGCGAGGUCACGGACGUCGCCGUCUAUCCGCACGUCGCGGACUUCCGCGCUGCGAGGCAGGAGUUGUUGCGGCUGGGCCUGUUCGAGACGGACUACCGCUUUUACGCCAAGCACGCGGCUUGGCUGGCUGCGCUGUUCGUGUCCUCGCUAG